AUGCUGAAGAGGAAGCAAUUACAUCAAUACAAGCAUCCGUUUGAUCCACAUCCUUUUGAGGCAUUUUGGUGUGGCUCAUGGAAAUCAGUGGAACGCCUGAGAAUUAGUGGUGGAGAUAUUACUGUACAUAUAGAUGAUAAUGGAGUGGUUACCGAGGAGGACAUUCCUAUGUCACAUCUUCGAAUAAAGUCGAGAAAAGCAACAUGCCAUGACUGUACAUCCUUUCUGAGACCUGGAGUUGAGAUAUGUGUGUUCUUCAUCCCCCAGUACUCGAAACGUUCAGAUGAAGAAAAAAAAGAGCCAGUUUGGAUUGAUGCCAAAAUAAGAUCUAUUGAGAGGAAACCUCAUGAUAUUGCAUGUACUUGCCAAUUCUAUGUCAGCUUCUACAUCAACCAAGGCCCUGGUCUUAUGGUGGACAAAAAACUUGGUAAAGAAAUAUGCACGGUAAACAUUGAUCAAAUUUCUGUUCUUCAAAAGCUCGAAUUGAUGCCUUGUGAAACUCAAUAUUACCGUUGGGGCUCCUCCGAGGACAUUUUUUCAUUGCAACAAUAUAAGUUGUUUAAUGGAAAAUUCUCUGCUGAAAUUACAUGGCUUCUUGUUGCAUCUAUUCUGAAACAAACAGCAUUUGAUGUAAGAUCAAUACAUAACCAUGUUGUCUAUGAGAUUUGGGAUAGCAAUCAUGACAAAGAUCAACCAAAUCCUCACAAUGAUUCUUAUGCCGUGAAUUUCAAGGUGGAAAAUGAAAUUUUGACCCCCAUAGUCAUUCAAUAUGUUCCAGCUAGUCUUGAAGCGGAUCCCGAAGGAAAGGAGAUUUUACCUAUGUCCUACUAUGAUCUUAUGGAGUUGCGGAGGUCAAAGCGUCGAAACGUACAGCCAGAACGUUACAUAGGUUGUGAUGAUCCUUAUGAAAUAGAGGUGACUCGAUUAGGUGAAAGAAAGACGUAUUCAUGGGAGUAUGAUGAAAUGCCAUUGGCUUUAUCAGUUCAGGCUGAUAAUGAAUACCAGAAACAUGGUGAUGCUUACAGGAUUUGUUCCGAUAAAAGAGUGUCGAGUGAAAAUAACCUAUUAUGUACCGGCAAUUUCAAAGCAGGUUCAUCCAAAAAUCCAAGACAACAAUCAUUUUCAAGAGAUAAAGGAGCCCAGGAAAACCAACUUGCCAUCAUUCCUCUACUAACCAAUUCACUUCUCCAAGAAGAGAAUCCUCAAUUUGCAAAGUCAGGAGAUCAUCCAAAAGAAAUAGGAGAUUAUUUUUUGAAUUUCUAUGGAAAUGGUUCUCCAACCUUUCAUAGAAAGAAAGUAUCUGAUUCAGACUUCGUGGCUGCGGGAAGUGGAGGUAGUAGAAAGGAUAUUUCUUAUAGGAAGCACCAGACAAAGAGAAACAAUUUUAAUAAGAGGGACUGCUUUUAUAUAAGGGAGAGCAUUUAUGAUGUGAGAAGUUUCAAAAAAGGCUCUGUAAGUGCACAGGUCUGCAGGGAGAUGAUUAAGAGAUGCAUGGAAAAUAUAGAUGCCACUCUCAAAAAUGAACAGGAACAGCCACCGGUAGUUGAUCAGUGGAAAGAGUUCCAGACGGAAAAAUCUUCAAAUAAAAAAGAACCAGAUGAGAAACCCUCAACAAACAAUGAAGAAGAAAUGUCAGAAAUUGAUAUGUUGUGGAAGGAAAUGGAACUAGCAUUGGCAUCAUGGUACCUCCUCGACGCCAAUGAGGAUUCUCAUGUUCAGUCUGCCACUGAAGUGCAAAAGUCAAGUAAAAAUGUAGAAAAAAUUUGCCAACAUGAUUACAGACUCAAUGAACAAAUUGGAACAGUUUGCCGAUUAUGCGGAUAUGUAGACACUGAAAUAAAGGAUGUACUGCCACCCUUUUCCGCAACAAUAAAUUUGAGUUCAAAUAAGGAGCAAAAAACUGAAGAAGAUUCAGAGAAUAAUCGGACUGAAGAUGGUGACGUUGCUAAGUUUAGUAUUCCUACUUCUUCGAGUGCUCCUUCAACGGAAGGGGGAGGAAAUGUUUGGGCCUUGAUACCUGAACUUGGAAGUAAAUUACGAGCCCACCAGAAAAGAGCUUUUGAAUUUCUAUGGCGAAAUAUUGCGGGGUCCUUGAUACCAGCCAGAAUGGAAAAAAAGAAAAAGAGAAGAGGUGGUUGUGUUAUUUCUCAUUCUCCUGGAGCUGGUAAAACUUUGCUCAUCAUUGCAUUUCUUGUGAGUUACUUGAAAUUAUUUCCUGGAUCAAGGCCACUGGUCCUCGCUCCAAAGACAACACUAUACACCUGGUAUAAAGAAAUCAUUAAGUGGGAAGUUCCUAUUCCAGUUUACCAAAUCCAUGGCGGUCAAACAUAUAAAUAUGAGGUGUUGAAGCAGAGAAUGAAAUUAGCUCCUGGUUUGCCCCGUAACCAAGAUGUCAUGCAUGUUGUGGACUGCCUAGAAAAGAUGCAAAGGUGGCUUUCUCAUCCGAGUAUCCUGCUCAUGGGUUACACCUCUUUCUUAACAUUAACCCGAGAAGAUUCAAAUUAUGCUCAUAGGAAAUAUAUGGCACAAUUACUGAAGCAGUGUCCAGGAAUUUUGGUACUCGACGAAGGCCACAACCCAAGAAGUACAAAAUCAAGACUUAGAAAAGCAUUGAUGAAGGUCAACACAGGGCUGAGAGUUUUGCUUUCUGGGACACUGUUUCAGAAUAAUUUUGGUGAAUAUUUUAACACUCUUCUAUUAGCGAGGCCUAGAUUCGUCAAUGAGGUUCUGAAGGAGCUUGAUCCGAAGUACAAGAAGAGAAAGAAAGAUAAACUGACGCGCUUUUCACUAGAGAAUAGGGCACGAAAGCUGUUGAUUGAUAAAAUUUCUAGGAAGAUUGAUUCAAAUGUAGAAGGAGAAAGAGUCCAAGUUCUAAAAACAUUGAAGAAGCUGACUAGUAAAUUCAUAGAUGUACACGAGGGUUCAAGCUCUGACAAUCUCCCAGGUUUACAGUGCUACACAUUGAUGAUGAAGUCCACCAGUCUUCAACAAGAACUCUUAGUAAAGCUUCAGCAUAAUAGGCCUGUAUACAAGGGAUUUCCAUUAGAAUUGGAGCUUUUAAUUACACUAGGGGCAAUCCAUCCUUGGUUGAUUAGAACAACAGCAUGCUCUGGUCAGUACUUCAGCCCUGAGGAGUUGGAGGAUCUUGAGCAAUACAAAUUUGACAUGAGAUCGGGUUCAAAGGUCAGAUUUGUUAUGAGCCUUUUGCCUCGAUGUCUUCUAAGAAAAGAAAAGCUCCUCAUAUUUUGCCAUAAUAUUGCUCCGAUCAAUCUGUUUAUACAAAUAUUUGAGCGAUUCUAUGGGUGGCGAAAGGGUCGCGAAGUGCUGGUGCUUCAAGGUGACAUUGAGCUUUUUGAACGUGGACGGGUAAUGGAUAAAUUUGAGGAGCCAGGGGGACCAUCUAAGGUUAUGCUCGCUUCAAUUACUGCUUGCGCCGAAGGAAUUAGCUUGACUGCUGCAUCACGGGUAAUUUUGCUUGACUCAGAAUGGAAUCCUUCAAAGAGUAAGCAGGCAAUUGCACGAGCCUUUCGACCAGGUCAGAGUAAAGUCGUGUACGUGUACCAGCUUUUGGCCACAGGCACGCUAGAAGAAGAGAAACACGGUCGAACUACAUGGAAGGAGUGGGUUUCAAGUAUGAUAUUUAGUGAAGAACAUGUUGAUGACCCUUCUAAGUGGCAAGCACCGAAAAUUGAGGAUGAACUGCUGAGGGAGAUAGUGGAAGAAGAUCGAGCUGCACUGUUUCAUCGGAUAAUGAAGAAUGAGAAGGCUUCAAAUAUGAUUGGAGCUAAAGACAUUUUGAAAAAAAUGUGA